AUGACCGGCGGGGCCGGGGCCGGGGCCGGGAUGGGGCAGCGCGAUCGCAUGUUCAAGGUGCUGGUGGUCGGGGACGCCACGGUGGGCAAAACAUCGCUGGUGCAGCGCUACGCGAACGACAGCUUCAACCGGCACUACAAAUCCACCGUGGGAGUGGAUUUUGCCCUGAAGGUGGUUCAGUGGUCGGAGUCGGAGACGGUGCGGCUGCAGCUCUGGGACAUCGCAGGACAGGAACGUUUCACAUCCAUGACCCGCCUGUACUACAGGGAGGCCUCAGCCUGUGUCAUCAUGUUUGAUGUCACCAACAUCAGCACCUUCAGCAACAGCCAGAAGUGGAAGCAGGAUUUGGACAGCAAGCUCCUGCUGCCAGACGGGAAUCCUGUGCCUUGCCUGCUGCUGGCCAACAAGUGUGACCUUUCCCCCUGGGCAGUGACAAGAGAAGAAGUGGAUCGGUUCAGCAAGGAAAAUGGCUUUUCGGGAUGGGUGGAGACUUCUGUCAAGGAAAACAAGAAUAUCAAUGAGUCCAUGAGAGUGCUGAUUGAAAAGAUGAUGUCCUCAUCCACGGGUGAUGGAAGUUCCUCCACUGCUGGGAGUGGGGAUUAUAUUAAUUUAAAAGAGACCUCCCCACCAGGCUGGGCGUGCUGUUAGAGCCCCUGACACACCAUCUCCUGGGGUCUAGCAGUGAUGGUCCUUUUAUCAUCAUCAUCAUUUCUCCCUGAACUGGCUCUCGCUGGUUUUGGGGUGGUUUUUUUACAAGCUCAUGGGCUGUUUCCUGUGUAGUGAAUAUUCUUCCUCAGCAGAGCAUUGCUGCAGUGACUCGAGUGAGGAGUGGAAAGGAGAGGAGUGGGAACAUUUCCUCUUUUUUCCCAGUAUAGCUGGAGCUCUUCUGCUCUGAUGUAGCACAGUCCAUGUCCAAGCUCAGGGCUUGGAUUACAUUUGUUUUUUUAAAUUUUCAAGCACUUCACCUUCUGCCAGGUGCUGGCCCAUCCUGGGCUGCUGAAGGUGUAUUUUGAAUACUGUUGCACCUUUAUCCCCCACCACCUGCACCCCCACACCCAGAGGCACCAGCCCAAGGCCCUGCAGUGCCCUUGGCCCACACACAGAGUCCAGGAGGUCUUCCCUGUGGAUUCCCAGCGUGGGAUUCCAGCUCCUUCCUCCGUGCCCUGGAAUUACAGAGUCUCCCCUGGAGAGACCCAGCACAUCCCAUCGUCAUCCCGAAGGUGUGAAGGGGGAUGUGGAUCAACGUGGUGCCCGUGGAGCUGUGAAGGUACCAGGGGGAAUUUGGGAGGUGGUGCAGCACAGCCCCUCAGUGUCCUGCCUUCUGACUGUGCUGUUCAACAGCAGAGACCCCAAAUUCCAGUCAGGAACUGCCCAGCUGCCUCCUGUCCUCCCUCCUCUCUCCCCCUCUGGCACAAUCCCAUUAUCCUGCUGUGCUGCCCCUUUAUUGGGGCACGGGGAGCUGGAGGAGGGAUGGGCUGUAAAUCCCUUUGUGUGCCAGAACAAGAGUCCUUUUGCACUUUUAGCACUCCCUGUAUCCCCAAACCACCCCAAACAGCCUUGCAACUGCUGAUGAAUUGCCUUCCCACCAUUAUCCUGCAGCCAGGAGGGGAUUUGGUGGCAGGGCUGGUGCAGGAAACAGCUCCCUGCAAAUCCCCCACUGCUUUUAGAGGAGGGGGGAAGAGGAGGAGAAAACUUGGUGGGACAAAAAGGAAAUGAAGAAACCCCUUCCCUACUUCUCUUUGGUGCCUCCUUCCCCUCCCCACGUACCCCAGGUACUGGUUGUGGGGAAAAAACUGGGGCCCAAAAAUUGGUACAAGCACAGCAGAGGUGUCAGGAGAGCGAGGAGGAGACUCAGCCUGCAGGGCUGGAGUUAAAAUGCUGUGUGGGUUUGAGAUGGUUUUGAUAUUCCAUGACCCUGUGAUGCUACAGAAUUGUCUUGCCCAUGUUUUAGGUUUGGAUUUCAGCAAAUGGCCUUCAAUGACGUUUUUCCCUUGAAAACAGGGCUAUAAAUUGCUCUGUCCUGAUUCCUGGUGAAUUAGGACUGGUUUUCUUUGGCAAAUUAUUCCUCCUGCCUGUCUUUUCUUACUCUGUGUAAUCUAUGGAGGGAGAAGGUGGUAGAACAGGAACCAAUUGCCUUCACUGAGCAUAAAAAAAAAUCUGAGUUUUCCUUCUCUGAAGCUGAAAAUAAUUGAUAAGUGAACAGCGAGGGUUAAGAAAUUUAAAACCAGUGCUCCACUGUUUUAAUUAAAAGCUGAAAUACCUGAGCUAGGAUUCUGUCAUGCAAAUAUUGCCAAAUUUGGGGCUAGGAGUGCUUAAAUCCCCCCUUUUCUGUGCUGCUGUUUUCACUGUAGAAACAUGGAGAACUGGCUAGCAAGAAAAUUGAAGUGCCUUGCUGAAUUUUACUUUGCUGUGUUAAAAAAAAAAAAA